UAUAUAUUUAUAUAAAACUUAUUAGGAUUAUGAAAAUGUUAAAAAAUUAGAAACUUAACGAAACACAUUUUGUUAACCUUUUCGAUAAGUUAAUUGCUUCAACAUGCAACGUUGGGGUUAUGCAUAUGAAUGCGAAAAAUGCAUCGAAACAACGUCAGCAACCACCAGCACAGAAACGUUUAUUACUCCUCCCCCGCCAACACCAGUUUCAGAACACGAGUGUGUUUUUCGAGUACGUUAUAAUGGAUAUUUGUGGCCAAAUGAGCAUCUUGCCGUAGUUGGAAAUUGUUCAUCAUUAGGUGAUUGGAAUGUGAAUGAAUGCGUUUUUCUGUACAAGGAAGAAGGUGAUGAAAAUAUUUGGUCUGCAGUACUUUCAAUACGCUGCGCAAUACCGAUGGAGUAUCGUUAUUUAAUCUGCGCUGAAAACCCUAGAACAGGAACAAGAAUAGUGCGUCGUUGGGAAACUCAUCUCCAUCCAAGAGUUGUAGAAAAUAUUUGCGAAUGCGAAGAAAAACCCAUCGAUGAAUACGGUUUGCUAAACGGUAAAAUAUGCGAUGAUCGCGGAUGGCUUACUUCCGGUACAAUUAUACAAUUUAAAUUAUUCAAUGCACCGUUUCGUAUGAUUAAGCCAUCAAAAUGCCCUCGCCUGUAUAAUGUGAAAAUUAAGCCGGUACAUUUAAAAAACGCUGCUCCGUGCGAAGCUAUUAUAGAGAGAAGUGGCAAACCCGAUGUACUGACCAGUACUUCAUCGGAUAUGCAUCAAAUACUAACUGAGUGUGAUAGUAAAUUAGAUCCUGCAUUCGCUUUCAAUGAAGUUGCAGUCUUAAGUGAAACUGACAGUAAACUGCACUUACAGCCAGAGUACGGUACACCCUGUGGCCCUGAUGAUCUUGUGAUUUUUCACUUUACGAUAGAAGACUUUAGGUCAACAGCUUUUUAUAUGGAUGUCUAUUUAUUUGGUAUGCGCGCUGCUCGAGACGAACCACCUAUAUAUGUAGCCUAUCAACUUUUGUUGCCAGAUAUUUUUAAAUGUUCCGAAGGCAGAAUUGAAGUGCCAAUCACCUGCUCAUUUAAACAUCGCAUAGUAGGUUAUGUGACAAUCGAUUUUCUUAUUGUAUUACCCACACCUGAAAUAUAUUGUGACAUGAAACUUUCUUAUGAGCGGUACUGGAAUCCAGAGAAAACUGGUUUGUAUGUCGGUCAUAGAGGGCUUGGGCCCAACUUUGUAACAGCAAAUCAAUGUUUGGUGCGAGAAAAUACUAUUGUAUCUCUUAAAGCUGCUGUUGAAGAAGGAGCACAUAUGGUGGAAUUUGAUGUUCAACUUAGUAAGGACAUGGUGCCAAUAGUUCAUCAUGAUUUUCAAGCACAUUUUUGGGUAAAGGCACGCAAAUAUUUGAAAACUAUGGAAAUACCCAUACAAUCGUUGUUAGUAAGGCAGUUAAAAAGUCUUAAGGUUAACGAAGUCAAACAGGAGGAAAAAGAAAUAUCGGAGUGUUGCUUUAAAAGGGAUGUUGUUGAACACUUACCAUUUCCCACGCUGGAGGAAGUUUUUGAAGCCAUACCGUUGACAGUGGGAUUUAAUAUUGAAAUAAAAUGGGCACAAAGGCUAAUAAAUAAUAGAUUGGAAGGAAGAGGAAAACAAAAAUUUGAUCCAAAUAUGUAUGUUGAUAUAAUGUUGCAAUGCAUAUUUCGGCAUGCCAACGGACGUCGUAUUAUACUUUCUUGUUUUGAUGCAGAUAUAUGCACUUUGCUACGAUAUAAACAAAAUUAUUAUCCAGUUUUAUUUAUUAGUCAAGAGUGUCCAGAGGGCAGUAUACCAUUUAGAGAUCCAAGACCCAAUAGCUUGCAAACGGCGGUAUAUAAUGCAAAUGCUAUGGAGUUGUUAGGUAUUGUUGCACGUACUGAAACUAUUUUACAAGACACUUGUCAGGUGAACAUGGCUAUAAAUCGAGGUUUGGUCAUGUUUUGCUACACUACUUACAGUCCGAUAAACGAUGUUUCUGUUCUUAAACGUUUAGGUCUACAUGCAAUAUUAUAUGAUAAAAUGGAAAUGUGCGAAAGAAUAAUAAAGGAUGGAGUGUUUCAAUUACAAGCCGAAGAGAGUACUGUAGAGGAAAUAAAUGAAGAAGUUAGAGUGAGCAUGAGACCACAGCAUCCUGCAUUUCUUUACCAGUAAAUGCUACACUUUCAUUAUUUGUGUAUUAAAUUGAAGACCUUUGCAUUAUUAA